AUGUACCCCCGAUGGAUGGUGAACAGUGGCGGAGCGAGGCCCAUGCGAGGGGCAGGGCAAGCUUGGAACACGGCGCGGGUCUACGAACUUGGAGACGCGCACUGUUAUUCUAUCUCCUCCUGCAACAACGCUCCAUUCCCUUCUCGCCCCCCCUUAGCUACCAUCACCGCCUACGCCGACGCCCCCUUCGCCACCCUCCCUCGCCGUCCCCGAAUGCGCCAGUUGCUUCUUCGCUGUCUGGGGGCCGUUCUCCGCACCCCGUCAACCUCCACCGAUGCUAAGAGUCUGACAUCUUUUCCUUCGCUGUCGCCCACCCCUGAUGCGUCACCGGUACAAAACCGUGUCAAUGGGUGGUUUCGAGCAGCUGUGGGCGAAUCGGGGACGAAGGCAGCAGCUGGAGGGAAUAAAACUCGUACUGCGGAUACAGGGGACAAGCUCGCUGCGGCCGAAGUUGGGAGUGAGCCUGCGCCGGACACAAUUCGGAAAGCAUCAAAAACAGUACAAUCGAUUGUAGGCACUCUGGUAGCCGCCUCCCCAUCUACGAGAAGCCGGACUGCUCUUUUCGACGACACCCCUCAAGAACCAGACAAGGUCCCAGGCAGCCUCCAUCACGCCAGCGACAAGAGCGUAGAACUGACACUAGAGCGAGUCGGACCGGUCAAGCUGGUCAGGCAGCUUGCAGGUGACUUAGCACAACGCGAUGCUCAGGUAACAGCUCUUCGGCGUAGAGCAGAGGAAAGGGAGCGUAUAUUGAGGAAGAUGCUGCAAGAAUGCGAGGUGUCAAAUAUGGAUAUCGAAUCUCGCCUACGGGAGCUUGACCGCAGUCAGGAGCAACGGAAUGAUGACCCAAGGGCGAGAAACAGGAGGAGUGAUAGCGGGCUGCCUGGGACACACCCCGACGAUCCUAUGGAACAGCGGAUUGCUCGAGCUAUGGCGGACAACGUCUCCGACUUCGACACGACGAGCAUACAGGACAAUGCGUCAAUGUUCAGUCAACGACUGGCUGAUGGCGAAACGGAAUCGCUAAAUUCAAUCUCUGAAAUGCCCAAGGACCCAGCACGCAACUGGAAGAACUUCUUGUGGAGUGGUACGAAUAGCAAAACGAGCAGGGCGCCCAGCAUAACCAGUAAAUUGGGCAACGAUACUGAUUUUCAAACUCGAUCUCGGGCGUCUAGCAACUCUAAACUACCUCGGAAGCCCAUCAGUGGCAACCUUUUCGUGCCUCCGUCAAACGGCGACAAACAGGGCGGCGCGAUACCCACACUCCGCCGUCUUCAGAGCCAAGAUGAGGAACAAUCAACUUCAUCAUCUCGGAGAUCUUCUGUCUCGGUCACGAACUGGGUCUUGCAAGCGGUGGCUGGCAAGAACCAGGUAAGUCGGCCUGGUGACAAACAGGGCACCCUGAGAGGUCGCGCCGCAACAUCUGCCAGCGGUAGUACUGCGGAUCGCGCACCUUCAAAAGAGUCGACGAGAACGUCUCAGUCAACUGGACCGGCAAACGCUAGUGCUAAGGCUAACGGGCGCCCGCGCGCCGCAAGAAGCUCUCUUGGACCGAAUGGGACUAUCAAAAGCAUACCGCCAGAGAGUGUUACAAGCCCCAAUGGCCUAAAUCGGAACAUUAGCAACCUUGGACCGGUCGAAAUGGACACAAUACUGCCCGAAGACUCCAGGCCUCCAACUUUGGUCCAGCAACACAACAACUUCAGUCAAAGCAGCGAAUAUCUGACGGAUAGAUUUGGUUUUAUUUACGACCAAAGACGGAAAAAGCGGCAAAGCGAAGCGGCCGCCGCUAUGGCAAAACACAAACGUAGCAGUAAUGUCGAAUCGUUGAGCGAUGCGAGAUCUGUUCUCAAAACUAUCGGACAAGACCCAGAUGUCAAGACUCCUCCGACUGAAGCACCACCUGAUUCUGGACCUGCAUCAAGGCCCGGGAGCACCGGUUCCUCUAUCGAAGAACAAAAUGGUCCGCAAGCGCCAAGCCGAUGGCAAGAUUUCUUGAAGCUAGCGACAUUUCCCACAGAAUUACUCUCUCACACCCCGUCUGCUGCACCUAUAACUACAGUCGAUGCGGCAGGAGCAGAUCCGGCUCCUAAGGUACCUCCAGUCGUCGUAGCUAAGAGCAGAACUAUGCCUCUCGUCAGCGUUAAUCCCGAGCCGGCACCAUCGCGUAUCGUUUCAGGGAAUGCGGAAUUUGCCACCACGAGUCCAUCAAUAUCCGUCGGCCCUGCAAGUCCGAUCCGGCCACCGCAGCACCAGCCCGAUCCCGUCAAAGCUUUGUUAGAACAACUGACCGACUUACACGAUUCUUUACAGAGGGAUAAAACCGUAAAAUGGAACGACUUCCUUCGCAAAGUUCGAGCAGAACGAAAGCGAGAGGGCGAGGCCGCUACUGUUGGCGAAGGUCGUCCAAGGAACCUUACCAUGCCAGAAGCCCUUCUUGGGGAUGGGGAACUCAUUGGUGUCGCCGGUCUAGGAAAUAAGGGAAAAACUGGGAGAGCAAAAUGGCAAGAAUUCAAACAACUGGUCCUGGGAGGUAUACCGGUAGCCUACCGCGCCAAGAUCUGGGCUGAAUGCAGCGGAGCAUCCGCUCUUCGUGUCCCCGGCUACUACGACGAUCUCGUAAACAAUGGUGUUGAUAAUCCGAGCAUUGUAGCGCAGAUUCAGAUGGACAUUAAUCGAACGCUCACGGACAACAUCUUCUUCCGCAAGGGGCCGGGCGUCCAUAAGCUUAACGAGGUGCUCAUUGCGUACUCUCGCCGGAAUCCCGAGGUCGGCUACUGCCAAGGCAUGAACUUGAUCACUGCCUGCUUACUUCUCAUCAUGCCAACGGCCGAAGACGCAUUCUGGGUCCUGACCAAUAUGAUUGAGAAUAUUUUGCCCGAAAAGUACUACGAUCAGCAACUCCUCACUUCUCGUGCAGAUCAGACUGUUCUACGCGAAUAUGUGGUGGAACUGCUGCCAAAGCUCUCAGCUCACCUGGAUGAGCUCGAGAUUGAGCUCGAGGCGCUCACGUUCCAAUGGUUCCUCUCCGUUUUUACUGAUUGCUUGUCAGCUGAGGCAUUAUUUCGCGUCUGGGAUGUGGUCUUAUGUAUGCACGACGGCUCAACUUUCCUUUUCCAGGUAGCACUCGCGUUGCUCAAGCUUAACGAAAAGGCUUUGAGGGAGUGUGAUAGUCCCGCUAGAGUCUACCACUACAUAAACCACCAGAUGACGAACCACGCCAUUAGUAUUGAUGGUCUCAUUCAAGCAAGCGAUGCGCUAAAGAAGGUCGUCAAACGCAAGGAUGUUGAAGAGCGUCGAGAGAAAGCAGUGGAAAGGGAACAGGAGGUUAUGCGGCAGAGAGAAGAAAUGAGGAGGGAGCGGGCACAGAAAGCGAAAGCAAAAGCCAGUGAGGAACCUACGGGCUUGAGACCAGACGCGAUUCCCCUGGAAAAUGAGACAGACUCGAGGAUCUCACGCGAAGCCUUGCUCCUUCGGACUCCACUAUCAAUGGCCUCGCGGGCUGAUAGCGAGGAGGAUAUCCUGAGCCAGUCCUUGGAGGAGUUGUAGAAUCGCACUCCAUUGCCGAUCGAAGAGGAGUCUUUGUGGCGGGCUUGACAGGGUACUCAUCCUCACACUUUUUCUACUCUCACGGGUUUCAUUUAUUCCGUCUAGCAUCCGGCGCUCGGAUUGACCUGUCACUUGACGUUAUAUACCCAAGACUCUUAAGUCGUUCCUUUUUCAAAAUGGUCUUGAUUUUCUUAUGUCGCUUUCAUUCCUUACUCAAUUUGCAUUGGAUGGCGCGCUCGAAUAAUACCCCCUUGGAGAAGAUUGAAACAUCCAUACCAGAUUUUCGAAAGUCUGGAAAUGCCUCUAGCGAUAUAGAAUAGCUCAUACCGAGUAACAGAGAAUUGAAGUUUGGUUGCUGGUUCUCCCUGAGAACUAUCGGAUUCAUUCUUUGUUUCAUCGUCCUUGCAACCCCCGUAUCUGACUUACGCUACACAUUUAUUCCUUUUACUAAACUCGUGUUACCAAAGCAUUCUAGCAAUUCUUGAUAGCUGAAC